CAGACUGGAAGGCCGCUGGGCUUUUGUCACUACUCUCAUGUCUGUGACACCGGGAGCAGCAGCUUUCUCCAUGGAUGUACUGAGAUACAGUGUAAUGGCUAGGCUAGCGCUCAUGUGUGCCCCUGAGGCGCCCGGCAUGAAGCGAAAGAAGAGCCCACAGCCGGGCCACCGGGUGCUGGUGCCGUCAGCCGACAGCCCCGGGCCCCUGUCGCCCCUGCAGCACGGCCCGCCACCAAUGCGUGCACGGGGCUCCUCUGCGGGCUCCCUUGAUGACGACAUGGGGGCCGACAACACAAUGCUGCGAGUGGGCCACUCUCGCCACCUCCGUCGAGAGCGUUGAGGGCAAGCUGAGGCUGAAGCCGGCCGAGUCGUUCUUGGCAUUGGACAGAUGGAGGGGGUGGGGCCUGCACUAGUGGCCAGCUCUUCACUGCUGGCCAAUGGGGGUGCAGCAGCGGCAGAAGCUGGAGGUGGUGCGGCCGCACCUGGUGCAGACGAAACAGACACGCUACUGGCUCACACACCCGACCUGCACCGAACCAGGGCAGCCCUGGAACACGUCAGUCACAAGAUUGCUCGGACUAGGGAGCUCAUCAAGGCUGAGCAGACGACUCGCGACGACAAUGUGAACGAGUACCUGAAACUGGCGGCAAAUGCGGACCGUCAGCAGAUGCAGCGCAUUAAGAGUGUCUUUGAAAAGAAGAACCAAAAGUGUGCCCAGUCCAUUGCCCAGCUGCAGCGGAAGCUGGAAGGGUACAUUCGGCGCAAACGCGAACUGGAGACCCAUGGAGCUACCGCGUCUUCCUCCUGGCAGCCGCGAGACGUCCUGCAGAAUGUAGGGCAAGGCAUCAGUGGAGUAGUUGGCAACAUCAAGGGUGGGCUGUCUGGCCUGGCGUCCGUGGCGCACUCAUCGACCGACAACAAGUAUGCGUCAGACGAGGACAGCUCGAGCCUGACAUCGGAGUCGAGCCAGAUGGCGUCUGUGUCGCACCACCCGGGGGCUGUAGGUGGCGGGGUGGGAUCGGGAGCGGCCACGGCCAGCCCUCGGCACCCGCCACUGGCCCCUCCCCACGACCAGCCUCCGCUGCUCGGCGUGGCCAGCCCGUCCGUCGCCCCACCCCCUCUUGCCUCCACGCUCGGUCAGAGCUUGGUUCCCGAAACAGAGCUUGAGCCCUUGCUUGCUGAGCUGGCUGAGCGGCGGGAAGAAUGCCAACGCCUGGCAGAGGAGAUUGAGGCGCUCAAGGUGUUCAUUUUCGGCUCUGCCUGCAAACUGGAAACUGCGAACCAGCUGCACCACGAAUGUUCCUACUUCAGCCAAGCCUUGCAAGAGGAGCGGUACAGGUAUGAGAUGCCCCUGGUUCCAGCUUCGUGCUGGCAAGCAGAUCAAGCAACUUGCAGGCAUGAUGCCACAGAGCGUCUGGAGGAGCAGAUGAAUGACCUGAUCGAGCUGCACCAGAAUGAGAUGGAGAACCUGAAGCAGGGUAUGGCAGACAUGGAAGAGAAGGUUCAAUACCAAAGCGAGGAGCGCCUGCGAGACGUCCAAGAGCUUCUCGAAAGCUGUCAGACACGGAUCAGCCGCAUGGAGCACCAGCAGCACCAGCAGCUACAGCAGCUGGUCAGUCUGGAUGCCCUGGACAACUCUCAGGCGCGCGCUCUGGGCCUCAAACUGGUCAACGUCCUGCUCAUGCUACUCCAGCUGGCCCUGCUUCUCGUCUCCACCAUAGCCAACAUUGCCAUGCCCUUCCUGCAGUCCAGGUUACGAAUUAUCACCACCGCUCUUCUGAUCCUGGCCAUCGUCUCUGCAGCCAAGCAGUGGCAGGAACUGUCGGCCUGGUUUCGACUACAACUGAACGAAGCGCUUGAGCGAUGGAAAUGAGCUGACGCGGGGCAUUCUUGUCCAGAAAGCAAACCAGCCAGCCGCACUUGCGCCCAGGCUGGCCUCCGCGUGGCCCGCUCGUGCCGCAAGUUCCGGCUGAAGCAAUGUCCGCGACGGGCACCAGCUCGGAACCCCCACCUUGAGUCACGCCGAGCCGUGCCGUCAGCGUUGCAUUUGCCACCAAGCAAAAAUGGCCCGCGUGCCGAGACUUGCCCAAAUCGGAGAGGAGCAGACGUCGUCGCCUGUCGGACAAAAGCUCUGCACUGCUGCGCCCUUUCUUUCUGAACUCUCUGCGGGAGUGAGUCGUGCAUAGUUGUGUCGUUUCGGACCGUUCUCUUCCCUGUUCACCCCGUUCCGUGUUGUCUGUCUCUUGAAGCAUGCGCUGCUGCAGAAUCAACUCGCAUGACAUCGUUUGGAAUGGCCACCACUGCAGAGUGUGCGUGCUGCUGCUUACUGCGCGGUGCCGACACAGCGGCCCCCUUCCUUUUUUGAACGCAGCUGCACUCCGCCGUUUAACCGUUAGAUUGGUUGGUGCCUUACAUGUUGUCACCGUGGAGAGGAGCACUUGUUUGUUGUUAGCGACUCUGCACACCAGAGAUAAUUUCGUUUUAUUUUAGUUUAGCUGCUGCUUUUAUGAGUGGGAGUUGUCUGCAGGUGCAGAAAUAGUAAUCUUGCUUUAUUUUGGUUAGGAGCAGCUAGCGUUCCAGUUCUUUCUCUCUCUCCCAGCUUUGCCCCUGCAUUUGAGUUUGUGCAGUGAAAAUCUGACAAAUUUGUGUCCCUCCUUUUCACUGCAUGAAAGGGUGCCUUUACUCUCCCAUGCCACCGCCCGUGCAUUCAAGCCGAGAACUCGAUCUCUGACCUGGUGAUGUCCGACUAAAAGCAGCACAUCGGCAGCUGUCGCAUUUCGACACAUUCCAAAGCAUAUCAUGCGAGUGACUUCAUAGCAGCUGCUGCUACGCCGGCUUCCUUAACUUUGUGUGACAAAGUAGGAUUGCUGGUCACGUCAAGCUUUUAAGGCGGUAAGCAUGUUGCGUUCACACUACAUGUAUACCGGCCUACAUGUGUGUAUGAUGUGUAAGUCAUUCUUUUAAAUAUUCUGUGAUAAGUGAGCAAAGGGAUUUUGGAGUUAUGGCAUCGACUGCGUAAGCCUUGCCAUUUGAGGAAUGACAUUUUACCUCCCCAACAGGCCCGUAGGGAAACGCAACACAAACUGUCCGUUGCUUAAUUUCCUCGGGACAAUUGUGUAAGCAGUUCUUCCAUGCCACUGCUUUCCUCUUGUUUUUUUCCUCCUCCUCAAUAGGCCGGGCAAGUGUUUUGCAUUUGGAUGCUUAGCCCAUUAUUAACGUGCUUUAUAGGGCAUCAUGUUAUAGUGAUGACAGUGUUGCUCUGCGAUCACAUUGUUUGUUCUUUUUCUUGCACUUGGUCUUCGUUACAGCGAAGCCUAUGUUGUAGGUGAAUGAAUUCGAUGCAUUCCACGUCAAACUGGUGAUUGUACCGUGUAGGUUGGUGUCUGUCAUGACUCUUGCUUUAAUUUACACCCGGAAACAUGGAAGUUCUCUAUUCUGCUGUCGUGAGACGGCAUUGCUGUCGUGAGACAGCAUACAUUUCAUCUUUUUUUAGCAGUAUGGCCACCACAUUUUUAUUUUGUUGUCUGCAUGUGAGCAAAACAAAAGCAUUUUAAUUCCACUUAGAUUUGCAUGUUUUACGCUGCAGAGCUAUCACUUGCGCGAAGCAGAUGUUGGAAGUACUACUAGUGAAGAGCUUGUGCAUUUUCAAGCUGCAGGAUGGUAGUGGUUUCGCAGUUUAUAGAAAUGUCUAUUGGCUUUGCUGCAAUACCAAAGUGUCGUGUUCUUGUCAAAGAGGAAAAAUGAGAUUGUAUGAAGUGAACACUUUUUAACAGCGUCACAGUGAUAUUGUUAUGCUGAAGGUGACCUAGGCUGUUUAUUAUACCUUAGUCUUUGAUGACUGAAAGUGCUGCCCUAUGUCUGAUCGAAAAUUAAGUUAUUGGCGGAUGCUUUUUUUGUUGGUAUUGUCGCAGUGAAUGUAGAUAUUGAGUAUUUGAUGUGUAUAAAUUGGAUUAUUGGCAGUGUUGUUUAAUGAAUCUGACACUUCAGUAAUUGUUUCAAAGAUUGAAUAAAAAGGAAAGUAUACUUGAUUUUCUUUAA